GUGCGAAUGAGCGUAUUAGGUUCGUGAGUACAGAAGGUGUAGCAUCGUGGGAAGUUUUUCCUUGGUUAAAUCUCGGAUAAUAUUAAUCUCGAUAAAAUUAAUUUGAGUAUUUAGAAGUGAAAACAAUGUCGACAAAAUCCUCAGUAGAUUUAAGAGCCGAAUUAGCGGAACUUGUAAAGCGUAAAGCAGAAAUUGCCGAUACAUUAGCAAAUUUAGAACGUCAGAUAUAUGCAUUUGAGGGAAGUUACUUGGAAGACACACAAUUAUAUGGGAAUAUAAUACGAGGAUGGGACAGGUAUUUAGCAAGCAAUAAAAAUACCAAUAGUAAAGCAGAUAAACGUAAUAGAAAAUUCAAGGAAGCUGAAAGAUUAUUUUCUAAAUCGUCUAUUACAUCUAUGGCAGCUGUAAAUGGUCUUGUGGAAAACACGCAAGAAAAAAUUGAACGAUACAGUGAAUCGGAGUCUCAAAUUGGGAACAGUGGCAGCGAGGAUAAUUGCAACUUCAGCAAUUCAAAUACAAUCUCUAGUAAUAACAAGGAAACCAGUGGCAAAAAUCACACUUCUGUACAAGCUGGAUAUACUCAAAAUAAUGGCACUGUUAGCAACCCUGAUUCUGGUUCCACCCCUUUCUCAAACGGACCUAUGUCCAAUGGCAAUUUAGAACAUGUUCCUACGCCCAUCAAGGAUUGCCAUAAUAACAGCAAAGACUCGAAUAAAACCAAAUCUACAAACAGUGCUAAAAAAAAUAGUAACAAAAGAUCGAGAAACAGAUAGAGUUACUAACACGAAUUACAUGGAUUAUUGGUGUUCACAGGGGAUUAUUCUUUAUGAACGAAUUUCUUUCGUUCGUAUGCAAAGUAACUCUAACAGAACUACAUUUUGAUAUUAACGUGAGCAUCAAUGUGUAUUAAAAUAUCAACCUUAGAAAAAAACACAAGUUGUUGUUUGUAAAAGAAAAUAGUUUUCCAUGGAAGUAUGAACGUUCGAAAGCAACGUGCUUCGAUUAAAGUGUUUGAACAUUUAUAUAUUUGAUGUGAGAAAGAAACUAAUUUUAGCGUACGACUUGCGUUUAAUAUAAAAAUAAAAGGAAAAAAAAAAAAAAUCAUGAGAGAACUAUGUCACUUCGACAUUCUUGUAAUUGCAAUCAUCGCCACUGUUACAUAUUUUUAAGUAUUUAUAUUGGUUAUAGACAUUUCUUUCAUAAAAAAGAACGCAGUAGUAAAACUAAGAGAGAAGUUAAUGCGCAAGUAAAGUACCUUAGAAAAAAAUAAUAAUAAAUUUCGUCUGAAUGUGACUCAUAUUACCUCUGUUCGAAUAUAGUAAACAAAUCUAUAUACAUUAACGAUACAUCUCAAUUCGUCCAACUGUUAGCAAGUAUUAUGUGUGAAUAUUUUAUUUUAUUAUUUUUAUAUUAAAUAUUCUUCUUAUUUCUUA